AUGUCGACCUUGGUAUGGCCUCCCAUCAGUCCUGAAGAGCUGCACAAAGAAGAAGCAGCCACGCAGCGCCGCGAAAUAGAAUGGCUGUUGGCUUCGCUGCAGGAUACGCUGCAAUCGCUCAAGUCGGGCUUGAAUGAGUGUGCUGAGUUGCUCGCGCCCAAGGAGCCUGGCUCGACGCUUGUACUAUCUUCACUGCGAUCGGAGAAUCUGAAAGGGUUCAUUACACGAGUAGGGACGAGAAUAGUAAAGGGCGAUGUGCAGCUCCGUCUUCCCUCUCUACCACCACCAAAGGGUCACACGAGCUACAAACUCUCCAUUUCCAGCUCACCCACCGCUCCUACACUGGUGCUGGAACAGCUAACCACAACACGCACAUUAAUCAAUGCCUGCCUAGACGUCGUGGACGCCACACGCUGGACAGGAGACGCCACGAAUGCAGACUUCAUCUCUGGCCAGCUGCGCCUCCUGCACGAUAACAUCGAAGAAGCCAAAACAGCCUUGAAAGGCUGGACAGACAACCAACAUCCCUGGUAUAACGAUCCAGUCGACCCGGCAGCCUUCAGCCCGCCUCUCCCAAGCAACGUCUCCUUCCAUCUCUCCAUCUCCGAAGCAGCCGUCCUGCUCAACGUACGCACGCUAGAAUCCACAUACCACAACACGGGCACCAACACGCCUCUAUCCUUCAGCGGCACAUCAGCAGCACAGUCCUACACCGGCAUGUCACUUCGGGAACGACUGGUUGGUGCACUCGGAGGACAGCGUCAAGCAUUUCAUGACGAGGCGCAUGAAGUUUUCACGUUCAAGGGGCAGGAAGUCAGAGUCAGGGAUAAGGUGAGGGUGGAAAGUCAAGAUCCGAGUCUCUUGGCUGCGAUGGCGAAGCUGGGUGCGUCGGAGAGGAAUGUUGCGCUUUCGAGGCGGGCGCUGAAUAUUGUUAUGGGGAAGGAGGAUGAGGAUGGAUGA